UGUUUUUACAUUUUCGCUGGGUUAAAAAGAAAUCAUUGAUUGAAUAACUUUCGUCUACAACUUUUGAAAAACUGAUUUAAAAUAAAGGUUUUAAAUUUGGAAUGUCUGCAAGUAAUUCAAGGAGCAAGGAAAUGAAAUCUGCAGCAUGUUUGCCAUCUAUAUCACCUAUCAGACAAACAAGCAAUCUAAAGUGUAAAUCUGAAGCUAAUAAUAAAUCAAACAAGAGAAGUUGUGAAUCUACAUGUAAAGGACAUAUAGUGUCAUUCAGAAAUGUCAGUCUCCAAUACAGAGGAUUACCAAAAAUUGUAAGGAAUCUAACAUUUGAAAUUGACCGGUUCGAGAAAAUUGGGGUAGUCGGCUCAAGAGAUUCAGGAAAAACUGCACUUGUUCUUGCAUUGUACAGGCUAACUGAGCUUACAGAGGGAUGUAUAAAAAUUGAUGGAGUUGAUAUAUCAAAAGUAGACAACCAUGUGAUUCAAAAGAGAAUAAAGAUCAUUCAUCAAGAUCCAAUUAUCCUUUCUGGCAGUUUGAGAGCUAAUCUAGAUCCGUUCAAAGAAUUUGAAGACACCCAUUUAAUCAAUGCACUGGAAAGAGUUGGUUUGAGUGAUAAGUUGAUAAAUGGAAACUCAACUAAUCUAGAUGCAGAAAUACAAACAAACUGCCUUUCUAUUCCCGAAAAGCAGCUUAUCCUGAUUGCAAGCUCCUUUCUUCACAAGCCAAAGAUCUUAAUAGUUCAAGAAGCUCAAGAAUCGUGGGCAGGAGGAGAUGCCGUUAAAUUAAGCAAGUCUCUUGAAGUGAUUGAGACUGUUUGCAGAGAGUUUCCAACCUGCACAAUUCUUCUAUUUAUAAAUCAACCACAAGCCCUGAAAUUAUGCAACAAAGUAUUGUUCAUCGAAAAAGGGAAGGUUGCAGAGCAAGGCGAACCUCACUCACUUAUGAAAACUCAGUCUUCGAAACUGUACCAGUUCAUGGCAAAAAAAUUCAAUACCAAAGUCCAAUGAGGCAGUUGUUUUUACGGGGAAUUUUUGAAUUAAUAUGGAACUAGCAAUCAUUGAAACAAUAUAUAACAAUUUUAUCAUGCAAUAAUAGUUAUAAUCACUAUUUUAUAUUAUUUAUUCAAACCUGUUUUAAAUUAUCGUAGAUUGAUUUUUGUAUCUUCGAAAAACAUUUCAAUUGUUUAUUAUUUUCAAUUAUACCCAGUUUUUUUAUGAAUCAGAAUAAUUUUAAUGACAUUUACAUUUUUAAACUUCAUAAUAUGAUAUUUAAAUAUUUGGAAGGUACCUAUUUGUUAUUUCCUAACCCCCAUCUUUCAUCUGAAGCGUUUGAAAACGUUCCAUUGUUUGUAUUGAAAGGUUCAACAUAUAAAAACUUUCCAUUGUUAGUAUUUUAUCAAUCUUAUUAUAAAAAAUGUUCAAGGAUCA